AUGAUGAUGAUGAUGAUGAUGAUGAUGAUGAUGAUGAUGAUGAUGAUAAUGAUGAUGAAAAUGAAAAUGAAAAUGAAACUACAAAUUCAUUAUCAAAACCAAAAAUUGAUUCAGAAGAAAAUAUUUCAAAUAAAGAAACAAUAGAUCAUAAUGAAGAUAGUAAUGAUUCUGAUGUACUAUAUGUAGAAAAUGAUACUGAAUUGGUUAAUGAUAAAUUAACACAAAAAUUACAACGUUUACAUCUUGAUGAUCGAGUUAAUAUACCAGAUGAGAAUGGCGAAAUUCUUGUUAACAUUAAUCAUCCUAAUGGUGAUCCUAAUUUGUAUGUACCAAAACAUCUUUGUCCUAUACUUAAACCACAUCAAAUUGGUGGUAUACGUUUUAUGUAUGAUAAUAUUGUUGAAUCUCUUCAACGUUUUCAAACAACAGGUGGACUUGGUUGUAUUCUUGCACAUUCCAUGGGCUGUGGAAAAACUGUACAAGUUAUUACAUUUAUUAAUAUAUUAUUAGAACAUAAAAUAGCAAAAUCAGUUCUUAUUGUUGUACCAAUAAAUACAAUACAAAAUUGGUUAAAUGAAUUCAAUCGUUGGUGUCCAUUAGAUAAUCCUAAAAUUGAAUAUAAACGUUUAUUUCAACUGUAUAUAUUAAAUGAAACAUCAAAAAAAUUUGCUCAACGUGCUAAAAUUGUACAAAAUUGGUCUCAAACAGGUGGAACACUUAUACUUGGUUAUGAAAUGUUUCGUUUAAUGGUUACGAAAAAAAAUUCUCAAACAAAAAAUACUAAUACAAAUAAAUUAAUUACAUCAAGACCUGUCACACCUGUUGUUGUUGAUCUUGAAGAAGAAGAAAAAAAUUUUGAAACAAUGGAAGAUGUCCGAAAUGCAUUACUCAAUCCAGAUCUGGUCAUUUGUGAUGAAGGUCAUCGAAUUAAAAAUCAUCAAGCUGGUGUAGCUAUUGCAUUAAAAUCAAUUCGAACACGUCGUCGAAUUGUUCUUACUGGUUAUCCACUUCAAAAUAAUCUCAUCGAAUAUUGGUGUAUGGUUGAUUUUGUUCGACCAAAUUAUCUUGGUAGUAAACUUGAAUUUUGUAAUAUGUUUGAACGUCCGAUAUUAAAUGGACAAUGUAUUGAUUCAACAGUUGAAGAUGGAAAACUUAUGCGUGCUCGUGCACAUGUUUUACAUAGUUUACUUGAAGGUUUUAUUCAAAGACGUGGUCAUGAUGUUCUUCAAUCAGAUUUACCACCUAAAACUGAAUAUGUUAUUUUAUUAAAAUUAUCAAAUAUGCAAAAACAAUUAUAUAUGAAAUUUCUUGAAGCUGUUGGAGCUUUAUCAAAUUCUUCAGAAAAAACAUUAAAUCCAUUAAGAGCAUUUGCUAUUUGUUGCAAAAUUUGGAAUCAUUCAGAUGUUUUAUAUAAAUUUGUACGUGAUCGUCAAGAUGGUUCAGAUUUAGAUUUCGAUUUUGAACUUGAUCAAAAUUCAAAUUCAACAAAUAAACCAUUAACAACUAAAACAAGAUCAUAUACUCGUUUAAAUUUAAAUAAUCGUGCAUCACCACAAACUGUAAACGUGAAUAAUCUUUAUGAACCACAAACAACAACAUUUUCAAUAGAAAAAAAAGAAUUUGAUUAUGAUUUUGCUAAUACAAUUUUAAAUUCAUAUGUAUGUGGACAAUUAGUAAAUGGAAUUAAAUUCCAAAUUGCUUUAACAAUAUUAGAUUUAUGCAUACAAGUUGGAGAUAAAGUUCUCAUAUUUAGUCAAAGUUUAUUAUCAUUAAAUAAACUUGAAGAAUUUCUUAGUCAACGUUAUAUACCAAAUACAGAUCAAAAAUGGGAAAAAAAUACAAAUUAUUACCGACUUGAUGGUGGUACAAAUAGUCUUGAACGUGAAAGAUUAAUCAAUGCAUUUAAUACACCAAAUUCUAAUGCAAAAUUAUUUUUACUAUCUACUCGAGCUGGUUGUCUUGGUAUAAAUUUAAUAGCAGCUAAUCGAGUUAUUGUUAUGGAUGUAUCAUGGAAUCCAUGUCUUGAUGCUCAAGCUGUUUGUCGUGUUUAUCGUUAUGGACAAAAAAAACAUUGUUAUAUUUAUCGAUUAAUAGCUGAUUUUACAAUGGAAAAACGUAUUUAUGAUCGACAAAUAGCUAAACAAGGAAUGUCAAAUCGUGUUGUUGAUGAAUUACAACCACAAAAUCCAUUUACAAAAAAUGAAGUUGAAAAUUUAUUACAUUUUGCGACUGAAGAAGAACUACCAGCUGCUGAUUUAUUAACAACAAUUGAUGAAAUAACUGAUGAUUCUAUAUUAAUAUCGACUUGUAAACAAUAUUCUCAAUCAAUAACAAAAAUUCCAUUUACACAUGAAUCUCUUUUAUCUGAUCGUAAAGAAUAUCAAUUAACAUCAGCUGAAAAACGACGUGCUGAAAAAGAAUAUCAAGAUGAAAAACGAAUGAAUACUUUUUCAUGUCGUUCAAGAUUUCAAACUUCUCGAUCUUACUCUCGAUUAUUUAAUGAUUAUGAACCACGUUCAUAUCUUCAUACUUCACCUUCAACAUCUUCACUUGAACAUCAUUUUCCAUUAUAUCAACCAAUAAGAUCAACAGCAUCUAUGACACCAUUACCUUAUCAUAUACAACAACAAUCAACAGAUAGAAAAUUAGAACAAUUAAAACAACAUGGAAUAUCUGUAGAACAAAUUAUACUUCGAAAUCCCUUACAAGUUCAAUUAAAUGCAUCAGAACGUGAAAUUAUUCCAACUGGUGUACGCAUUCAUCUAAUAAAAGCAUCUCGUGGUUCAUACAUUCGAACACCGGAUGGAAAAUUUUUUGCUAUUCGUCAAUCACAAACAAUAUCUGAAAAUGGUUCAAAACAAGCAUCAAUGCCUCCUCCUCCUCCUCUUCCUCCAUCUCUUCCAUCACAACCACCAUCAUCAAAUCCAAUAGAUCAAUAUUUAUUUGGUAAUUUAGAUUCAUCUCAUAUGUCACCUGCAACAUCAUCAUUAUUGAAUGAUAUGAAUACUUUAACUAAUGAAAUAGAUCUUUUAAUUGAUGAAACAUCAUCAAAUUCUGCUCCUCCACAUCCUCCACUACUUCCAUCAUCAUCAUCUGCAUUUGAAAAUUUAGCAUCUUGGCAUAAUGAUUAUUUUCGACAAAAUAAUUUUUAUUCGGAUUUUUUUUCAAAUGAUUCAACAUUACCUCUGUUAUCAUCUUCAACAAAUAUUGAUACUGAUAACAGUACAAAUAAUUUUACAUCAAAUGCUUUAACAUUUAUGUGA